AUGCAGAGGCCGGUGAGCACCCCGUCGUUCCCCGUCUUCGCGGACGAGGAGGGGGCGAAGGACCUGGAGGCCAAGCCGGAGAAGGCGCCCGCAGUCCGGCCGCCGGCGGUGACGGAGCGGUCCGUCCACCUCGUGCCGCUCAUCGUCGUGCUCUGCUUCGUCGUCCUCUUCCUCUGCUCCCACGUCCCCUCCCCGUCGGAUAUGUCGAGCUUCGGAGGAGGGAAGGCCGGCGGCCGGAAGCCCAAGCUGCUCUGA